CUACUUCAUCACCCACCAAACCAAAACAAAAGGGAAAGAAAGAGAACAACAAAAUACAGUAUCGCUUCAAUUUCGCAAUUUCAUAGCAAUUAUCGCCGAAAAAUCCAAACUUUCACCUCCAAACAUCUAUAUACUCUUCUCAAUUUCACUCUUCCAGGUGAGCAAGAUAAACAAUGUUUUUAUCCAUGUUAGAAGUGUAUCUGAACUUAUGAGGGAUGGAAAACAUAGUUGGUGUGCUGUUGUUGGAGACUAUUUUUCUCAAAACAUGCAUGUAACACCAUCUAGUUUUCAUUGAUUGGUUGAAGAGUGGGAAAAAAAAUUAGAAGCUAGUUGGAACAAUGGGUUCUGUUUGCUGUUGUUUAAGCUGUGAUGAUGUAGAAGAUUAUGUCAAUCCAAAUAGUCCUGUGUUUAGGAACUGUGUGUGUCUCAGUUGCUUGGUGCAGAAUCUUUUGAAUGCGUAUGCAUCAAUAUUCCGUAGAGGUGAAACACAUUCAAUUUCUUCCUCUCUUCAAGGAACGGCAUCCAUGACUUCUGCAGCAUCACUUGAUAAUUCUCUAUCUGACAUUUACCGUUCUCCUCCAAGGCCAUUACCAUAUGAUGCAGAGCCUCGUUUUUUCCGUUCACAACGUGAUGGACUUGUUUCAAGGCGUGAGAAAAGUUCAAGUCAUUCAAAUGAGGAAACAGAACCUCUAAGAAGCGACGUUGAUGUGGAUCCAGAGCCUCUAAACUCAGCUGACAAAUGGAAUGAAUGUGCUCGUGAAGAUGAAUCAAAGAUAUACCGUUCUAAGUCGGCAUUAAGACUUUCAUCAGCUAAAUAUACAGCUGGAGUUGGGCUCGUUUACACGUCCUCGGAAGAAGAGGAUAUCUGUCCAACAUGUCUUGAAGAAUACACUAAAGAGAAUCCAAAGAUAAUGACAAAAUGCUCUCAUCAUUUUCACCUUGGUUGCAUCUAUGAGUGGAUGGAGAGAAGUGACAACUGUCCAGUUUGUGGAAAGGAAAUGGAAUUCGAUGAGACAACUUAUUCUUGAUGAUUUGAGCCAGCAAGAGAGGAAAGGAGCAAUAUAAAAGUAUAGACAUUGUGAAUACUGAAAGAUGAAGUGUUUGUAUAUGUAUAGUAAAGUAUGAAAGGUUUUCUUAAUCAUUGUUGUGAGUUUCAAGCUCAAUGCACUUAUGAUUUUGGAUUGAAACAUAUCCCCUUGUCUGAAACUGUGAAGGAAAAAAAUAUAUGCAAUUUAGAUGAAACUUUGUCAAA